AUGGAGAGCGAGGAAAGCCACAGCAGCGGGACCGCUGCGCCUGCUGCAGAACAUAGCAUUGAGAAGGAGGCGUUUAUGUCUCUGGCGCAUGCAUGCCCUCACCAGCCUCUUCACUACUCCUACGCCUUAACUCCUUCUCGGUGCUUCGGUCUGUUUUGCUCCGCCACAGCAGCAGAUCAGCUGAAGGUGGAGCAGCGGUGCCUCAAGUGCUUCAGUGACUUAUUUCCUGCCCUAGCUCCACACCCUUCGUCUCUCUCCUCACAGAUCGCCUCUCCAGGCCACCCACAAAACCAGCAGCGGCUGCAGCAGAAAGGGGAACAAGGCAAUGCUGACGAUGAGGAGGGCAAUGCGGACAUGCCUAUAGAGGAUUUAGAGUUUCUUUGGAAGCGGGCAGCACGUCAGGUGUCUCUUCACCGCAGCCGGCAUGUCGCCUUUCUUACAAAGCAUUUAGACGUACCCUUUUCAGAAGAGAUGAUGGAGUUGGCAGCCUCCAGGCCUUGGCUCAUUUACUGGAUGGUUCAUGGCCUCGCCCUCCUUGAAGCCCUUCCGAGAGCUACCUAUGCCGAUCGCAUCCUACACACUCUAGAACGCUGCUGGGACAGCGCAUCAGGAGGCGGCUGGGGUGGGGGCCCAAAUCAACAGUUCCACUUGGCCUGCACGUAUGCGGCUGCAGCUGCACUUGUGGAGUGCGGCCUCGUGGGCAAAUGGCUGGAAGGAGAGAAGGGCCUUAAGAGGCGUGAAGACCUUUACAAGGCGAUUCUCAGUCUAAAAAGUGAAUGCGGAGGCUUCAAACUGCACAGAGAUGGGGAGGUCGACAUGCGAGGGGCUUACUGCGCCAUCGCCACGGCCUCCAUAUUCCAAGUUCUUACGAAAGACCUCACGAGAGGCCUUGCGGAAUACGUCAAAUCCUGCCAAGGCUACGACGGAGGCAUAGCUGGAGAGCCAGGGCUUGAGUCCCAUGGCGGUUAUUCGUAUUGCGGACUUGCUGCCCUCGCCAUCAUUGGAGAGCCAGAUGCGUUGGACUUAGACGCUUUGCUCCACUGGGCCGCCACAAAGCAGAGAGGAUUUGAAGGAGGCUUUCAAGGAAGAACGCAGAAGCUUGUCGACUCCUGCUACUCCUUUUGGCUUGGAGCCAUGUUUCCCUUGAUUUCGGAAUGCCUUCGUCAUCUCCAGCGGGAGUACCCAAUGACGCAUUGCUUUAUGUCUUCGGCGCAUCUCCAGCAGUACAUUUUGUGUUGCUGCCAGGCAGAAAAUGGAGGGCUCAGAGACAAACCCGGCAAGCCUCCUGACCUCUACCACAGUUGCUAUGCGCUGUCUGGUCUAUCGAUCAGUCAGUAUGCUGCGUCCCGAGCGGAAUUCAGUAGAGGGCCGUAUGUGUAUGGAUGUUGGAAGUCAAAUUUGCUGCAGCAAACAGAUCCCUUCUACAAUGUUUGCUGCACACACAUGCAAGAAUGUAGAGAGCAACUGAAGCAAUUGCCGCGUUUUACGGCGCCAGACACGCAACACGCUGGACAGGAAGGAGACCUCCCAAGACUCAGUGCAGAGUUGACCGACAAGCUAUCUAGGGCAGCCAUCAACCUGCGUGAAGACGAGGGUUCCGAGUGGGUGGACCCGGAGAGCGAAGCAGAGUCUUCCUAG